AUGGGCAAAGAUAUCGAAGGGUUGGUGAAGAGUUGCAGGCACUGCAUCCAACACGCCGCAAAUCCGCGCAAGAUACCGCUGCAGCCCUGGCCCGAUCCAAAAAGUCCGUGGACUCGAAUUCAUUUGGAUUACGCCGAACCUCAGAGAGGAAAAAUUUUCCUGGUCAUCGUUGACAGCUUCUCCAAAUAUCUCGAUGCGGCGUGGAUGACUCAAGCCACUAGUCAGACUCUGAUUGCCUACAUGAGAGUCGUGUUCCGACAUUUCGGCCCACCACAAACGAUUGUUUCGGACAACGGGCCGCAAUUCGUUUCAGUGGAGUUCGCAAGAUUCUGCGAGGAAUUCGGAAUCACCCACCUGCGUAUCGCUCCUCGACAUCCGCAAAGCAACGGCCAGGCGGAGAGGAUGGUCGCAACGUUAAAGAACGCGAUUUCUUCUGAUCCGAAGUCUCUGGAUGAAGCGGUGGCCGCUUACAAUUAUACUCCGUGUUCCGCUAUCGGUGACUUAACACCGGCCGAACUGUUUUUCGGACGCAAGCUCCGAACGCCUCUCGAUUCCUUCCGCAAGGAGCCGGUCUCGGAUUUCUCUACCACCUCUUACCAACGACGUAUGAAGGAGUAUUUCGACACCCAGCAUGGCGCGCUUCCACGUUCUCUAUCAUUGGGAGAGGAAAUCACGAUAGAGCUGGCCAAUGGCUCCCGGGUCCGAGGUGAAAUCAGCGGUUUCAGGGGCGACGCCUUGGUUUUGGUUUCGGUGGACGGGAAAGAGCACGUACGUCACAGGAACCAGGUCUGGAAAAGGGCUCAGGGCGCACCGGAACCUCUGAGCGUGGACAAUGAGGAACUUCAAUGA